UCCUGUUUGAGAUUUAUUAUAAAUUUGACAUUCAAAACUCCGGAUUAUUUUCCUUAUUUUAUUACAUCUUCAUAAUUGACUUAAGCAACACACAUGUACUGGGACUUAAGUACCUUUUCGAUCAAGUUAGUACAUCUUAUUUAAAAUCAUGACGUGAAAUAUUUUGUAUUAAGAUUAGGGAAUAAGAGCGAAUAUGUGUAUGCAUUGCCUAGUAAUACAGUGCGUACAGCGAAUGUAUAUUUGAUAUAGCAAAAAACUAACUUUUAUUAAGGUUUCGGCUAUUUCGUAUCUUAUAUCUAUAUCUUGAACGACUUUCAGCAUUCACAAACAUAAACAUAUAUGCUUUACCAGGAAUAUGGAUAACUAUUGGAAUAUCUGAAAUUAUAAGAGCAACAAAGAAUGCAGAAAGCCAAAUAAAACCAAUCAAUUCUUUGUACAGUGCAACGAUGACAUUACGAUAUAGCAGACAAUGAUUUUUGACACCUCUAAGACAGGAUGUAUUUUUGGACAUUUUGUUUGAUCUGCUUGGCACGAACAUGUAUGGCAGACGGAUUGAACUGCAGUUUAACCUGUGUAUGCUGUAAAGAAGGAAAAGCAGGAUGUAGGAAUGAUACUUCAAAAGGACUCAAUUAUUGUUUCGACGGCUGUAAAGAUGGGAUAUAUGGACUUAAGUGUCAUAAUCCUUGUCCCAAAAACUGUUCUACGUGUGAACAAGAACUUGGCACACAAUGUUACAGCUGCAAGGACACAUUUUAUGAUAAGAACAAUAAGUGCAACGAGAGAUGUUCAGACGGGUGUGAAGAGGGAAUAUGUAAUGUUGACGGGACAUGCACAUGUAUACAUGGAAGGCAUGGUGCAAAUUGUACACUACACUGCGUUGAAAAGAACUGCUAUUGCUCUAAUGGAACCGAUUGUACUUCUUGUAUAACGGGGUUCUACGACAGAAGUACCCUCUGUGAAACACCGUGUUCCCCAGGAUGUGAGGAUGGCGUUUGUAAAGACGACGGUAGUUGCCAUUGUCAAACUAGCUUUACCGGAAACACAUGCAGUGAGUGUCAGUCAGGAUAUUAUGGGACCUACUGCAAUGUAUCCUGUUCGGUAGGAUGUGUAAAUAAAACGUGUUCAAAAGAUGGCACUUGUUCCUGUCGCGCAAAUUUCGUUACAGCAAAAUGUGAUACAUGUGCGGUUGGAAGAUCCGGUUUAACCUGUGACCAUAUAAAUAUGCAAAAUAAAGUUGGGCCACCUGUAGGAGCUAUUGCUGGAGGCGUAAGUGGUGGCAUUGUAGUCAUCAUUGUCAUCGUUGUAGCAUUUGUCUUCAUUCGACGAAGGUCUAUUCGCUUGCCUGCCAAUGUCCAAACCAAGCGACAUGGUAAUACAACGUUUCAAGCUAACAUGAAAAAAGAACCAGGGACAUCAGUUAUGGAACGGACAUACUAUAAUGAGGGACAAAUCCAAAGAGAAUCAACAAAACCAAAUACAACUGGUACCCGGCCGGCAGUAAAAACACAUACGUCCAUCAUGGAGCAAGUCUCUGCACAUGUGGAAACAACAUCUGAUAAAGCGAUAGAUGACAAGACGUAUUACAAUGAAUUUGGAUCAUCCACUACCGGGACAAAAGUACCCAUUGGUGAACUCGUCAAGUAUGUCGAUGGAAAGACUCAUGAGGCGUUUAGAGCAAAUUUUGAGAAAUUGUCUUGUGGCCUUGUUAAGCCAUAUGUGGAAUCGCAGAAGAGAGAAAACAUAAGUAGGAAUCGUUACAAAGGAAUUUAUCCAUAUGAUGAUUCAAUGGUCAAAGUCACAGGCAGUGGUGGAUCUGACUACAUUAACGCUAGUUUUAUUGACGGGUAUGAAAAGCCGAAUCACUACAUCGCCACAUUAGGUCCAAUGUCUGAACAAUUAGGAGAUUUCAGUUUAUUCUGGAAUAUGAUUUGGCAACAAAUGGUUGAGAGGAUUGUCAUGGUUACCAACCUCAUUGAGAUUGGAUCUCAUAAAUGCGAGCAAUACUGGCCAAACCCUGGAACAACAAAGACGUUUGGUAAAAUAAAGGUGGAAAGCCGCUCGGAAGAUGAAUAUGCUGAGUUUACAAGGAGGACAUUCACGGUGACCAUGGGAGGCAAAGAAAGGUCGUUGCACCAUUUACACUUUACUUGUUGGCCUGACAAAGCGGUACCCGACGAUGUUACUGCAAUGAUAGAGUUCAGACAGAGGGUUUUGAGCACGCCGAGUACACUGAAUGGACCAACGGUUGUGCAUUGCAGUGCCGGUGUCGGAAGAACAGGCACGUACAUUGCUCUGGACAUUCUAACAAAGGAGGGUGAGGCGGAAGGAGCCAUUGAUAUCCCGGGAUGUGUAAACAAAAUGCGCCAGAAUAGACCAAAUAUGGUUCAGACAUUGGAACAAUACCAGUUUUUGCACACAGCUACGGUGUACUCAUUGACAUUCGACUGCAAACAAAUCAAGGGAGAGAACUUCAAUAAAUACAUGAUCAACCACUCUACACAAGAACUGAACAGUCAGUUUAAUAGAUUACAGCACACGGUAAAACAACGAUUUAAAGACGAAACUGAGGCAGUUGAGCGAAAUAAGCGGCACUUGACCAAAAACAGAGCAAACGCCGAUAUUCCAGGUGAUGAAAACCGACCACGACUUCAUAUGAAUCUGAAACAAGGAGCGACAGACUACAUCAAUGCUGUUUACAUACACAGCUUUAGAAUCAAGAAACGUUACCUGGUUGCUCAAACUCCACUGCCACAGACGGUUGUCGACUUUUUGACGCUUGUUGUCCAAGAGAGAUGUUCAUGUAUCGUCAGUUUCGAAGCAAGUUUGGAUGAACAAAAGAAUACCGGCAAGUAUUACCCUGCUGCAAAUCAAGAUGUUUUAAAGAAGGGAACGUUUGAAGUCAGCUGUUCAAGAGGAGAGGAAAAAUCUUUCUACGCAGAACGAACAUUGACAAUACAGCACAAAGGGUCAGGGACGAGCACUGAACGAACCAUUCCUCAUCUUCAGUUUACUGACUGGGAUGAAAUUAAGAAUACUCCGAGAUCAACUAAAAACUUUCUGUCAUUUCUGAACGUGAUAGAGAAUGUCACGAAACAACAAGAUGACGGACCGAUAUUGGUUCAUUGCUUUGAUGGUGCAGGCAAGAGUGGUCUGUUCUGUGUGGUUUCGCUACUUCUCCACAAGAUGGCCGUGGAACAUGAAGUCAGUGUACUUAACACUGUUAGGAAGGUGAAAACCACACGGAGACUAGCGAUCCCCAGUCAGGAACAAUUUGUGUACUGUCAUGAUUGCGUUUCUGAGUAUCUCAGCUCGUUCGACGUGUACGCCAACUUUAACGAGUAAACAACGAAACUGUAAUUUGUUGUCCAGUCGUAUGUCGAAAAUGUCGACAAUGUACAUAUGUAUGUCUGGCGUGGUGCAUUGUAUAAAACGUGUGACAGACAUAAACUAUUUGUAAUUAUUUCCAAGAUGCCGGAUGUUAAAUGAAAACAUUAAUUCCAUUAUUGAGUUAUGUUUAAAUUGCAUUGUAAUAUGAAUAUUCUUUUUAUCAACUUAUUUACCGAAAUAUUCGUUAUCCUAUAACAACAGUGCUAUUGUAUGUGCAUUAUUUAAAAGGUGACAUUAAUAAUACAACGAUAUUUCCCUAUUGUCAUCUCUUAACCGUUUAUUGGUGUAUGUAAAAUAUACUUGCAAAAGAGUUUCAUGUAACAUCAAAGGCAAACACUAUUUAUUGCAUGCAACAUUUGGUUAGUUGAAUAUGUCUGAUGUAUUUUAUCUUCGGGAUUUCGUAUUUUAUAGUGUAUGUGGUGUCAUGGUUACAUGUUAAAUAAUCUUUAAUAAUAGUUACCUGUGAUAACGAGCCCUCAAGGCGCUACUGAAGUUAAUUCCUUUUAAAUUGGAAAUGAAGAGUGCUUAAAGUGUUCUUUAUACGUGUAUUUAGUUAAACGCAACUGUUGCAAAACCUUUACAAAUUUACAACUAACCUACUAUUGUAUUUUUGUCACUUUUUAUAACAAACGUUAAACUGCUGUUGUUCUACAAACAUAGUACAGUGAGUACAUAUUGCACUUAAGCCGAAACAGAAAUCAUCCAAAACUCAUUUCAAUAAGUUAUGUUACAGUGAUAUAUGUAUUUUUAGGUGUCAGUUUCGGUUUUCAUAGUUAACAUAGUUCAGUGAGUACAUGCAGCACUUAGGUCCAAACAGAAAUAAUCCAAAAUGCAUUUUAAUAAAUUAUGUUGCAGUGAUGAGAAUAUGUAUUUAGGUGUCAGUUUGAGAUUUUAUAGUUAACACAUGCACCGUUCUAUCAAGUGCUUAAUAAUCAGAUUUGGGACAAGAGCUCCUAGAGUUUGUGCGUUAUUAUCAAUUACACCUUUUCAUGCAUAAGUGAUAUAUAUUGCUUAAACACAUCCACGCUUAAUUUUUGUAAAUAUUUAAUACGGGGAAGGGCUCUGAAAGUAGUCGCUUACUUAUGUUUAUUGAUUUAUAUGAGUUGUUUGUGGAGUUUUGUGCUUUUGUUCUAUGUUUCUUAUUUGUGUUUUCUUUUGUAGUUUUUUUCAUAUAAACAUUUAUGAGAUAAAUUGUUGCAUAAAAAAGCAUUGCAUCAAUAGUUUAAUGAAAAAUAGAAGGACAAGCACAGUAAACGUAUCUAAAGACCUAUUCUAUGUGUAUUCAGCCUAUACAAGUAUGUCAUAACAAUAUGUUAUUAUUUCAACAUAUCUAUCUACACAAUGAAAAAACGCUUGUGUUCAUGUCUUCAUAUCAUUAACAUUUUACUGUUUUAUAUCACAAUGUGUAUGUUAUUCCAUCAAUAGCCUUAAGUUUAACUUCAAUAUUUGCCUUGUGUUGUUUUAUAAAGAUAUGUUUCUUCUAUGUUUCUCUUUAUGACAAAUCAUAAAUUCUUGAAAGUGUUAAACUUUAA